CUUUUAGGAUACAAGAAACGGAAACCAAUCAUGGAUUUUCAGUCCACAGGAACUUACACAUAGUCACACAGCAUAAUUAAUAACCUUUCCCCACCCCAUCGCUUCUUACGAUCAUUUGCAACGAUGCCGAUGUAACUUGAAUUCAGCAAACAAUUAAUAAUAAAAGUACCUACCUACCUACUUUACCUAACUUAAAGCAAUCCACUCAGCAAAUCUAAAACAACUCUUCGGCAAUACUUAUAGCAAAAAACAUAAAAUAAAAUAAGUAUGCCAAUAAACUGAUUAACAGUAAUCAACAUUAAAUAUUUUGAUUAAUAUUUCCGUAAGGUUCACAAAACCCACCUCUAUCCAUGAGUAAUUCGCAGAUAAGAAUAAACACUAUCAAGAUGAAUUCCAAUAAAUAUUCUCGAUUUCUAAAAAAAAACCUAAACACAAAAGCAAUAAAAAAGAAUUUUAGACCUAGUCAUAUGAAGUCCUCUAUAACUUCACGUAUAAGACCAAUAAAAUCAAGAUCAGUGAAAGGACUCAAGAGAUCAUACACAAAAGUAGUAAAACGUAAAAAAUCUAAAAAGAACAUAGAGGAUGAUGAUUAUGAAUAUGAAUAUGAUCCAUACGAAGCAUUAGAACCUCGUCAAAUGUAUCAACCGCAACAAAUCCGCGAUCCAAAUGAAAUGUACAAUCAACAGCUGUACGGACAAAAACAGCUGGAAGAACGAAGGCGAGUAUACGAAGAAAAAGGAUUGUUCGGACAGCAACAAUUGUAUGAAGAAAAAUACGGCACUCCGAUCCAAGACAAACAAAGUGGAGACCGCGAAUCAUUGGAAACACCUACAUUAUCAUUGAAAAGUGAAUCUCGUUCAUCUUCUUCGUCAUCGUCAUCAUCAUCGCCAUCGUCGUCGUCAACAUCGUCUGCCAGCAAGGCUUCAGCAUCACCAAUACCAUCACCAGUGGCAUCAACGUCUUCUAAAGCUUCUUCAUCGUCAUCAAAAGCAUCGUCUGCUUCAAAGAGUACGUCUGGCACGACUUCCUCUUCAACAUCAAUACAGCAAUGGAGACCAUCUUCGAUUACAGCUACACGCAUGGCGCCUUCCAAAACAUGGCUACCCACAUCUGAUUCAUCAGUUUUUCAGCGAACUCUCGCUCCCAGAAAAGUAAAAAAAAAAGUAUCUUUCAACGAGGAACCAUGGGCUAGUGUACGACACCGGGACACUAAAAAACGAUCCGAUAGAGAACCAACACACGCUACAUUUAAAAAAGAAGCGCCCAUACCUAAACUUACAACUAGUUCACCAACACCAUCGGAAAUAAAAACUGAAGAUACACCGCCGUUGGUAGAAAGGCCGGCAGAAUUGUUAAAAAAACAGGAGUCGUUUAUUCAAACCCAACCCCAUAUACUGAUACGGAAAGGAUCAAAGUUCUUCAGAGGGCGAAGACUCGCUCCACUUGAUCCAUCUACUCCCUCGAACGUGAUCCCCCCAAAACCAUCACUGAUGGUUCUGUUUCCAAAUAAUUCCAAUAUAUUGAUUCCUAAACAUAGACCAAGGUCAGAACCCGCAAAACCAGCUUCGAUAUUGAAGCCGCCGACAUCGGAAGUCCAAUUUCCGUCUGUUAGUCCCGUCUCUACUAUACAAUCUCUGACUGUGUUGAUGGACAAUAGAGGAACAGAUCCAGCGGAAAAUUCUAAAAACAGAUCAAUAAAUACAUCAGGUCAAUCUAAGGUAACCUCUAGUAAAUCUAGCAAUACAGAGAAGAAAAAGAGAAAGAAAUUUAAAAAGACCAAGUGCCGUAAGCCAAUUCUUGAAGUAGAAACCAAUGUAGAGUGGCUCCGAUCUUAUUUAACUUACAAGCCAGAGUUACUUACAGAUGAAUUAAGUCAAUCACUCAAAAGAGAUUUGGGGUGGCCUGGAUACGUGCAGAUAAAGAAAAGUGAGGGCAGUAAACUAAAAAAGAAGAAGAAAAAAGAUGAAGAGCAAGACAGACCUAAACCUACAACAAAUCUUGAUAACUUAUACACUUAUAUGACAAACGUUACAAACUCUGGCAGCGAACCGGAGCUAUACGAUCCUCCCAAAUAUAAGAAAAAAAAGAAGGUGAAAAAGCCAGAUGAUGAAGAUAAGCUAUAUGAAUUGGCGACAACAACAACCACUGUAAUGUUUACAUUUCAAGACGAUGAUGGUAACAAAGUUGAUGUAAAAGUGUUAAAAGAAAGACAAACUAGUACAAAAGGUAAGAAGAAAGAAAAGAAAAAGAAAAAAAAGGUGAAUUGGGAAACUUUGACGCUUGCUACGAAUAUAAUUUAUCUAAAAUCUUACUACCGCGACUAUUGCGAGUCACUCCUUAGAAUGGAGGCUUUGAAAGAAGCGAAGAAGAAGAAGAAGAAAAAGAAGAGCCAAAAGGAUGACCAGGACCACACAGAAACUAUCGAUUGGCACGAGAGAGCUAAGAUCGACCUCCGAGUGGACAGGCCAACAAGCGCUGAUUACCUCCGGGACAAAGGAAUCAUUGUCGACAUGCAUCUGCGGACGUUCUCCAAGUUUGAGUACGACGAUCUUCACGGGCCAUCAAUAUCUUAUCAAGAUCUCGGUGUGAGAAAAGCCACAGAAAUUCGAAGGACUUUCUCAUUUGACCGGUAUCACUUAUUUAGAACUAAGGCCAAGGCGGAAAGAUGCUACACCAUCAAUCGACUUCAUAUGGAGGAAUGAAGCGGAAUUAGUUCCGGUUCACGUAACUAAGUAAAAUAUUAUGAGUUACCACUGUUUACAAUGUAAUACAAUGUGAAAUACAA